UUGAUUGUGGAAGCCUAUGCCCUUAUGCAUUCUCAGAGACACAUGACCUGCAGGAGAAGCACAGGAUUUUCUAGCUCUCUUUGCAGAAGAAUGAAGCCUCUGCUUGGAAACUUGUACCUCCCGAGGUUGCUGGUUCCUGGGGAGCUGGAAUAUGACAGGUGAGUGUGAAGCUGGAGGAGGGAAGCUGUGGAUAAUGUAGUGAGCCCAUGGAGGAUUCUGGAGACAUAUUCCUAUAACAGAUACCACCCCAUGGGGGAGAUCUAUCAGUGGAUGAGUGAGAUAAGGGAGAAGUACAUGGAAGUGGUGACGUAGCAUUUCCUAGGAAUGACCUAUGAGAGCCGGCCCAUGUAUUAUUUGAAGAUCAGUCAACCAUCCAAUAACCCCAAGAAGAUUAUCUGGAUGGACUGUGGAAUUCAUUCCAGGGAAUGGAUUGCCCCUGCUUUUUGCCAGUGGUCUGUGAAAGAAUAAAUUCUACAGAACUAUAAAGACAACUGAAGGAUAAGAAGUCUCCUUAAAAACCUGGACUUCUAUGUGCUUCCGGUUCUUAACAUAGAUGGCUACAUCUAUACUUGGACAACGGUGAAUCGGCUUUGGAGGAAAUCCCGUUCAUCCCAUAAUAAUGGCAUGUGUUUUGGGACAGAUCUCAAUAGAAAUUUCCAUGCAUCCUGGUGUAGUAUCGGUGCAUCUCACAACUGCCAAGAUUUAACAUUCUGUGGGACAGGACCCAUGUCUGAACCAGAGACUAAAGUUGUUUCCAGCUUUAUCGAGAGCAGGAAGGAGAACAUUGCCUGCUUCCUGACCAUGCACUCUUACGGGCAGCUCAUCCUCAUGCCUUAUGGCUACACCAAAAAUAAAUCAAGUAACCAUGAAGAACUGAUCCAAGUUGGACAGAAGGCAGCAAAUGCAUUGAAAGCAAAGCAUGGAACCAAUUAUAGAGUUGGAUCUAGUGCAGAUAUUUUAUAUGCCAUUUCAGGGUUUUCAUGAGACUGGGCUUGGGACAUUGGGAUCCCCUUCUCAUAUGCAUUUGAGCUGAGGGACAUGGGUACAUAUGGGUUUGUCCUGCCAGAAACUCAGAUUCAGGCCACCUGCGAGGAAACUGUGGAGGCUGUGCUUUCAGUCCUGGAUAAUGUGUAUGAGAAAUACUGGUAUUCAAACAGUGCUGGAAAGGUGACAUCUACUGCUGUGGUGCUGAGCUUGCUGAUGUCCUUCAUGUUUCUUCUGUAGGUGCAUCCUACCUAGGCCUGCUCAGCCCCAGAGACGUGGAUAUAGCUGCAUGAAAGGUGUUUGAGGCUAUGGAGGAACCAAAUAAUUUAACUAGAAAUACUUUCUGUUUCAAAAAAGAUGAAUCAUCUUUGCAUUUUAAUGUUUGUUCUGCUGGUAAUUAAUUGUUAUUACUUUAGUAGACUUUAAUAUUAGUUAGUUAUUGGUACAAUAAUGCCACAAACCAAACCACUCUACAAUUCAGUGACUCACAAAUCUAUAGGUCAGCUAGGAAGUUCUGCUGAUCUUGGCUGUGCUCACUUAUAUAUCUGUGGUUUGUUUCAGGGCAGCUGCCCCAGGGUCUAGAAAGUUUUUUCCCAUCUAAACUCUUUGAAAAUUUUGCUCAUGCCUGGGACCCAAGUUCACACUCAAUUUUGUGUAAUCGCGUUAGUAGUGGCAUUCAGAAGAUGAAGUUAUAUAAUCUCUCUAUAUAGCUGUUGCUGGUUUUAUUUAUUUAUUUAUUUAAUGUUUUAUUUAUUUAUUUAAAAAAAUUUUUUUGAGAAUCUACAAGGUACAUUUUGCUAGGCUCUGGGAUUACAGUGGUGAAUAAGGUAGACAUGGUCCCUGUUCCCCUGGAAUUUCUGUUCCAGUGGGUGAGAUUGAUUGGAAUGGACACUGUUGCAUACCAGACAAAUCUCAUCUCUGGGGAACCAUAAUAAUCAAGAACACAAAUAUAUAAACUAAACCUUGCAUCUUGUGACAGGGGCUAUAAGAAAAAUAAAGAGUAAGUAGAGAGGUAAGCAAGGGCCAGAUUGUAUGUUUCUGGGUACACAGGUGUUUAAUUGUGCUAUUGUCUAUUACACUUUACGUGCUCUUCAGGUAGCAUCUAUGACUGUCAUUUCCUAUGUAUCUCUAUGUGACACCUUGAAAUGAUGCAAAGCACUUGUCAGGCUUUGAACAAAUGUUGUCACUGUGACCAGCUGACAGGGUAUCCUUGGGUGUUCAGUCACCCGUUUCUGAAUUUCCUUGUUGGUCACAGUCACAAUACACUUCUUGGUUGUAACCCUUUUAUUGCCUUUCUUUGUCCUCUUUAUUUCUUCAUGUUUUGCCAGUGUGUGUCUGAUAAGGGUCAGAAAGGAAAAUGUCAGGGGCAGUGGGGCUUAAUGAAUCAGAGAACAGCUAUUUACAUAAAAAUGCCAGCUCACAAUUGUGGCAUUGUUAGGAGAAAAUGGUUGGGUUUCAUCAAUGGUCAGCCUGGGAGGGAAGAAAACUAGGAUGGCCACCAAUGCCAUAUUCAAGAAGAAAGCAGAGGAGCUGCGGCUUGAGACUCACGUUAUCAGCUUUCAUUCAGCCUGUAUUUUAGUUUCUAAGGCUGUCUGUUAACAAUUUGGAUGUCUGAGUACUAUAGGAGCUCUGAUCUACAAAGCUUAAUUCAUGUCGAAAGAUUGAGUCCAUGGCCAAAGAAAGCUGGAAGGGAAUGGAUGGAAACGCAAGCUAUCAGCUUGCCUGAAACCUCCCACAGGGACCCUUCCAAAAGUUAAAGACACAAUUGUAGCCUUCUGGGGGCGGGGCUUCACAUGGGUCUGAGGGUGUGGGAGACUGAGGGCCAUGACAUGUUUUUUACUUCUUCUGAUAGUGUUUUACUCUUUGUGAAAGGAUACUAAAAGCAAGGCUAGAAUAGUGAUGAAUGACCACACUGAUCUUUCUCAAGGAUGUUUUCAACUUUCUGGUCUUAAAUGGUAAUAGUUUGGGAAAACUGCACAACUGAUGCAACUAAUGCAAUCUUUAAAGUAUCCUAUACUGAGACUUUGUUGGGUCUGGGAUUUGAUUUUACCCUACUUUAAAGCUAGGAAGUUAGCUUGUUGCUGUUUCAUGGGUGGUAGAAGACAUGAAACCUCUGAGUCAGGGACAGGAAGUUAUCACCCGCAGACAGGAAGUAGCAUGAACAUCAGCAUACUUACAUUGUCUCUCUUGCUCCCAAGUUUGAAUAUAUUGCAUUUUCGGUUACUAUUUCUUUCUUUCCACCAAAUUUGGAUGAUGCCUUUUUUCCAUAACUAUUCCUACAAAGGAUGGAGAUCUCCUUGACCUAUAGGUGAAUUUAGAGUUUAAAAUGAGGCAAAAUGAUAAAUUCAGAUGGUAUCCAAGUUUCUAGCUCUAACCUUUUUCUACAUCAGUGUCAAAAUGAGUUAUAUUUUUGUUUCCAUUAUGUAUGACCAAGCUCUGUUUCCCUUCCUUUUCUUAUGCACUUUAGCAAUCUCCUGAUAUGUUACUGAAAAUAUAUUCUUCAUAUCGCCUGGUAAUAUUCUUAUCUUCUGCAUAGAAUUUGAAUCUGGUAUAAAGUUAUUAUGGCACUAAGAGAGGGUCACUGCCCAAGAAUAUAAAAUUACAAUAUUAAAUACAAAGGGUUUUUUAAAACUUAAAUUAAUAAUUAUUAACUUGAUACUAUAUGCAGUGAUUAGAAUCCUUUAUGUAUAUUACUUUACAUAAUACUCAUAAGAAUCCUGAGUUAGGUACUUUUAUUUAUUUGAUGAAGAAGCUGAGAUGAAGAGAAGGUAAGAGCACAUCUAUGGUCACACUGUUCUUAAUCAUUAUUGAUUGAUCAAAUAAUUUCUUGGGAUAGGAACUUUCUGUUUCCAAGACGUUGGAAGUAUUGUCUAGUGGCCACUGCUGGUGCUUCAUCCAGACUCCUUCCGGCCCCUUCUCCUGCAUCUCUUUCUGUCCUUAAUGUGUUUUUGGCUCCCAACAGCUCACACCAGUGUGACUCUUUUUCCGAUGACUGCCCUUGGGCUAUUGCACGUGAUUUACCUGCAGCCACAGACACGUUUGGGAGUUCUGCCCACCACCAGAAACUCCCAGCCCCUGCCUGGAUGGAGACUGAUGGAUCCAAGAGCAUGAAACCUAGUCCCUUGCAGUGGGUUGGGGAAAACUCCAAAGUGUCACUCAUGUUCCAGAGAUCAUGUGGGAUAAGGUUGAUGUUACCCUGCAAAGAACUUUCUCUGAGGUUACAGCCAUGCUUGGCUUCCGCCUUUCCUUGUCCUGUGUCACUUUCUCUUGGUAGCACCUCCUGAAUAAGCCACUUGUGCAUGAAAUCCUCGUUUCUGGGUCUACCUCUAGGGAAGCCAACAUAAGAAAACCCCCUUGGGUGCUAUUACCAAAACAUAAUACAUUCUUAAUUUCCUAAAAUGACAUUUAAUAAAAAUAUAUAUAUAUAUAUUAUAUACGUAUAUAAUAUAUAUGUAUAACUGAAUCACUGUGCUGUACAUCUGAAACUAACAUGAUAUUGUAAAUCAACUAUAAUUUUAAAAAUCAUAGUUAAAAAUUUUAAGUAUUGCUAUUAAUAUUCAGAAAAUGCCUGGGAAUUACAACAUCAUAUGGACAGAAAUAUUUCUAUUUUGAAGAUGUCGCCAUUAUGGAACAGGAGGAAUCUUGUUCUAGAAAAGACUUUCACUUCAGGAAAACAUAUGCAUUUCCAGUCUGGUCUCUAUUGAAGGCACAGUAAAAAAAAAGAUUAGCCUUUACGGACUUGUAAAAUUUGAAGUAUCUGGUAUUGUGAUAAGACUUUAUGAGAAAAUAAUAGGCACUUAUAAUAGUUUCCCACUCUGAUGUAAUCAAGACUGCACCGUCUUUUCUUAGCUACCCUGAAAAAUGAAUUUUAUUUCUUUCUAAGGAGUCAUUCAUC